GGGAAAGAUACCAUCGAAAAUGCUGAAGUACAUCGCGUUAUUAGCCUUGACGGCGUCAGUGCAGUGCAACCCGCUGAAGGAGAACAGCAUAUCGGAAAAUUUAGUGGGAGUUAUAUCGGAGUGCAUCGAAAGAGAUACAUCUUUGUGUAUUAAGGAAAAAGCUCUUAAGUUUACCGAACGACUGGCCUUUGCCAAGGACAUGAAUAUCUUCGAUGGCAUGUCUCUGGUCAACAUUGGAUCGGCCCGAUCUGCCCGCAGCUACGAGCCUUUGGCCGAGGACCCAAAAGCUCGGGAAUUGCAACUAGACGAGAGGAUAGCCGACAAUAUGGGUGAUUUCUUGGAGAACCACGUUAUUCAACUUCGUUUGUCUGAGCCUGAAGCCGAGUCUAGGAGUUUGGAUGAUGAAGCUCGUGGCAAGAAAAAGAAGAAGCUGAAGCAGCUCCUUCCUCUUCUUCUCCUUUUGAAGUUGAAGCUGGCAGCUCUGAUCCCACUUUUCCUGGGUAUCAUUGCCUUUGUUGCUGUUAAAGCAGUGUUCCUUGGCAAGAUUGCCUUUGCAAUGAGCGCUUUCCAACUCAUCAGAAAACUUCUUAACAAGAACCAGUCUUCGGGAAGUUCCAGUAUCUCAUAUGCUGCUCCUCAUCACCACGAGGAGCAUCCAGGAUAUUCCUAUGAACCUGCCAGCAGCGGAGGCUGGGGUAGACAAGCCACUGACGCCCAAUCAUUGGCGUAUGCCGGUCAAUUGAACCACUAA